UCUUUUCUGUUAUGUCGAUUAUGUCUAUGAUACUAUGAUAAAAUUGCUGUCGCAUUAUUAUGUCGUGUAAUGUAUAAUACUGGGUUUUUUUAGUUUCUAUUGAUGUUCGGUACAUCGCUAGUUCACAAAAUUAUUCAAAAGACGUUUUCUGCAUUUUAGUAACUGUUUUGUAGAGAAUGGAUAAAGUUAAUUGAAAGUAAUAUGUCUAAAUUAAACAAUAAUUGCGGAAGUCGAAGUGUAUCAUCUGCAAGUUGCAGUAGUGUGCUGUCUGAUUUAGACGAUACGAUAUUAAAUGGAGGAGAAGAAGACUCAAUUGUAAGUAGAUGUGGAAGACCGGUAUCAUCUACUCGAUCUCAAAGGGCCAAGCGAAUUCGAUUUUAUCAUAACGGCAAUAAGUACUUCUCCGGAGUUGUAAUACCUGUAGCUACAGAGCGUUAUAGAUCUUUUGAAAGCCUUAUAAACGAUUUAACAAACAUUUUGAUGAAGUAUGUAACUUUACCUUGCGGUGUUCGAGCUAUUUAUUCUACAAACGGUGAAAAAGUUUCUUCCUUGGAGGAUCUAGAAGACGGCAAAGAUUAUAUUUGUUGUGGACAAGGGGAAACAUUUAAACGAAUAGAAUAUAAUAAUGGUAGUAGAAAAGACUUGGGUAGAGUUAAAAGGCUAUCAAACACAAGGUUUAGUUCAAAUACAAAUUCAAAUUUGGUACCUAAAAUAGUAGCACCAGAUUGUGUUAGACCUAGAAUCAUUACAAUCAUUAGAAACGGACUUAAACCAAGGAAAGUAAUCAGGUUAUUGCUUAAUAAGCGUAAUGCAUCCAGCAUGGAUCAAACGCUGAGUGCUUUGACAGAGGCUUCUCAAUUAGAUUCUGGUGCUGUGAGGAAGGUUUUUACAUUAAGUGGAAAGAUGGUGAGUAGGUUGGAACAGUUUUUUGAGGAAGAGGACAUUUUCUUUGUGUAUGGUAAUGAAAGAUACUCUCAAGAUAAUUUCGAACUGGAUUCUGAAGAGAGCAAAAUAAUUCAAAAAUUGAAUAAAACAGCUAAUUAUAAAAAUGGAAUAGGAAGAAAACCAGGUUUACCGAAGAAACAGCUCAACAGAACAUAUGAUUCUGAAGAUAACCCCUUUCUGCAGAGCAACAAAGAUGUUAAUUCAGAACUUCCCCUCUCAAUAAAAGAUAAAUAUUCAGUUGGACGAAUAAUCGGAGAUGGAAACUUUGCUGUAGUUAGGCAGUGCUUUAAUAAGGAAACAAACAAAAUAUAUGCCUUAAAAAUAAUAGAUAAAUCAAAAUGUAGGGGGAAGGAGGAUAUGAUAGACAACGAAGUUAAAAUAAUGAAAAAGCUAAAUCAUCCAAAUAUAAUGAGUCUCAUUUCGGACGAAGAUACUAAGACUAUGUUGUAUUUAAUAUGUGAGUUUGUUGACGGCGGAGACCUGUUUGAUGCCAUCACAGAACAACAAAAAUUUUCAGAAGAUCAAGCUGCUUUAAUGAUUCAACAUUUGGCGUCGGCACUCGCCUACUUGCACAAUCUUAAUAUAGUUCAUAGAGACGUUAAACCGGAGAACUUGCUGGUAAGAAAAGAAAAAGGAAAAAUCGAAUUAUUAAAAUUGGGUGACUUCGGUCUUGCAUGCCAAGUUACAGGACUGCUGUAUACCGUUUGCGGAACUCCCACUUACGUGGCACCGGAAAUUUUAGCCGAAACCGGAUACGGUCUUAAGGUGAGUCAUAGAAUCUAAUAAUAAUUCCAAACGGUAAAAUAAAUAGUUAAAAGCUGUACUUAUUAUUUAGGAAGUGCAUUUUGUUAUUUACCCGUUUCUUUAAUGGUAAAUUCCCAUUUUUUGGCUCACAUUGUCGGUCAACAAUUUGAAAGU